AGUUUCGAGCUGUUUAGUUGCUGUUCAGGUCGCACCCGAUCCGGUCCGGUUGUAUUGCGAUUCCCUGCGUCCGAUGCCAACGCGCCUCACACACUGAACACAAGCAUAGUGCUGGGUGGUGGUGGUGGUGGCUGGGGCAUCUCGUCAGCGAGUCGUAGACAUUGGGCAAACCGGGGGUGAAGUGAUCCGCAUUACCCUGCAUUCAAGUAAACCGCAAGCAACUGGGCGGCAAUAUGGAUACCAACGAAACGAUGUCGGUGGACAUCCUUGCGGAGGAAAACUUUACCACGACCGGCGACGAAUGUACCAAUGAGUUGCCCACCGUACAGGAAUAUCUUGAUGGCUUAACACUCCCAAUCGCCAUAAUAAUUGCCGCCACCGUGCUGCUGAGCAUUGGCACGUUUAGCAUCUUCUUCAAGAACGCCUAUCACAUCCUGCACCGGACGCCGAAACAGUUCAAAACCAAAUCCAUCCUGCUGCUGACCAUCUAUCCGCUCAUCACUCUGUUCGGUGUGGUGUCUGUGUCCGUGCCGCGUGCCUUCUUCCUGUGCGAUACCGUGAUGCAUGUGUACUUCAUGAUCUGUGCUUACGUUUUCUUCAGCCUGUGCAUGCAGUAUGUGGACGGGGAAGAUGCACUUAUUAAAUCGACCGAUUCGCAAACCUUCUCCCUGCGCACCCCACCGCUGUGCUGCUUCGUGCCGCUGUUCAAACGAGCUCCCGUGACAAAAAAUCGGUUACGGUUCGUGCGUAUGCUUAUAAUGCAGCUGCCGGUCGUACAGACUGCUCUCUUUCUGGCCCUGAACGUAGUGUUUGUGGAGAAUUAUCCCAACUUUAAUCGCAUCAUCCUAUACUUUGUGCCCAUGAUCGUCAUCUCUAUUCUGCUCGGUGUGUGGGGAUUGAACAUUCUCGUGCGAAUGCUCGCUCCACUCUACUCCGACUUGAAGCUGAUGGGCAAAUAUUUCGUAUUGCAGGCGGUGCUUAUACUUUGCCGGAUACAGCCCCUCAUUAUAGCGGCCAUCGUUAGCAGCAGCAUUUCCGACUGUGCCUUUCCCAACACACUGCAGGUGCAGAAAAAUGCUAUUUUUCAACUUUGCCUGUGCUUUGAAAUGAUGGUACUAUCAUGCUGGGCCUCCCUGCUGUACAAAUCGCCCUCCAUCAUUGGGCCAGGCUAGGCGUGAAACGACGGGGGGGGGGGGGGGGGCAAACACCACCAAAAAUCCAGCAUCUCCUACUUCAACACGAAUAGCACAGCUAGGCAAAGCUGAUCGUAAAUUUAUUUGUGUUUCAGUGUUUUAAAUGUGAUACCAUAAACCACCGUUAAUCACUGCCAGCCGGUGAAACGCUUGGCAAGAUGUACUAGGGUGCAGGUCGGGCAAAAUCUCGGCCCGCAUCUCUCGUUACAUCUUCCCAAGCCGUACACGCUGCUGGCCAGGAUGAACUGGUGGUGUAUUUCGAUGGAAAUCUUUAUCAAAUACAAUAAAAUCGAACGAAUAGCAUUUCAACCAACCGUA